AUGGCGAGGCAUGUGAAGGACGAGAUGGCCGACGAACAGUGGCAGCUCGAUCGAGCGUCUACUCACGAAUCAAUCGAGAGAGAUGAAGAGAAGAAAACGGAGUAUCCUUCCCAGGUCGUCCGGACCAGCAGCAGAGAGGAGCUUAUGGAAUGUAUCAAACGAGGUCAACGGCCACACUGGGUUCCCCAAUCUAGCUUUCAGGCAUUACGUGACGAGGAAGAUGCUAUGGUUGAACAGAGGAGGCUCAGGUCGACAGACAGGGACAAGGAAGCAGACAGUUGCUUUGUGUCGGUUGACCCGUCAGCUAUCAACGAAACCCAGCAGCAUGGGCAGAAGGAGGAGCUGAGACUACAGAUAGAUCCUAUCGAACGACCACGUUCAGCAUUGCAUAGGGGCAAUUUUGCAGACAGUGACUCUGCAGAAGUCUCGGACUUUUGGUCGGACCCUACACGCCAGCCUGGUUUGGCUAUCUCUACCACCAGCGUCGAUAAUUCUCCUCCAUCCUGGCUUGCCGAUAGUCCCAGGCUCACGGCUCAUGACGCCAUGUCUCACGUUCGGACUCUCAGUCAGCUCAAUCCCACUAUCGCUCCUCGAAGAAGAGCUCCCUCCCUAGGAAGCAGUCUCUCCUCCAGCUUCGUCAUGAGAACACCUACAAGUCCAUUGGUGCAAGCCACGAGUCAUCUGGAUGUCGAUACACGCUCACACCGACAAAGUUUAUCACAUCAUGUUGGUUCCGGCGAGAAUACCAGUAUUAGGAGGCGUACUAUGCCUCCUAGCUCAUUCACUUCGUUUACUAUGACCCCAAUAGAGGCGACACCUCCUAAUUUCAGUCGACCUUUCGCGCCAGCUCUCAGGCGAGAAGCAAGCUUACCCUUACAUGGUCAUGCCACACGACGUUCGUUGUCUUCCUUUACAUAUCAACCCAGGUCAAACCCUCAGACACCAUUGGCACACAGCCGCAGGCCUUCGAUGACAUCCGAAGGCGGUUCGAGGCGCCGAAAAUCAAUGAUCGGCUCAUUUGAGGAAUCCAUACUCAGAGGUCGCAUGUCAACACCUCCGUCCAAGCCAUUAGACUUUGUCGCUCAGAUCGGUGUUAUGGGCAAAGGAAAUUGUCCCGCCAGCUUGAAGUGCCCAGCUCAUGUCAGCGUCCCUUUCCCUGCAGUCUUUUACAGCUACCCAUCUUCCUCUGACCAUAGAUCCGUGUCUGAUGAUACUCCUAGCCCUUAUGUUGGCACAGUCGAUUUGAAUCACAAUCUGAAGCAUGUCACUCUGGCCACCAAGAAGACCAAGAAGGAUAUAUCUAGCAGAGACGCUAUGGACCACCAGAACGAAACAGCUACUCCGGCUACUCAAUCUGUGCCACUGGAUGCAUCUAAGUUACAUGUUGGCGGCGCAUAUCGUAUACCUCAACAAGGUCAAUUACAGAUCAUCAUCAAGAACCCAAACAAGACUGCUGUAAAGCUCUUCCUUGUCCCGUACGACCUUACUGGUAUGGAGGCAGGAACCAAAACGUUUGUUCGACAAAGGAGUUACUCCUCAGGACCAGUGGUGGAAAAUGUUGUAGGCAACAAGCAGGUUGUCGUUGAUCCCUUGGAAAACAAGCAUAUUCUGCGCUAUCUCGUGCACAUCCGAUUCUGCUGUCCAGCCAAAAAUCGCUACUAUCUCUAUGACAACAUACGAGUUGUGUUUGCCAACCGUGUCCCAGAUGGAAAAGAAAAACUUGAGAAUGAGGUGCAACUGCCGGAUCCCAAGUUCAGCACAUGGAAGCCGAGCAAGUCAGAUCCAGUCACCGAAGCACUCAAGAAUACACCUACUACGCUUGUAGGCAGUGCUUUCGAGGUUGACUCACCCCAAUUUUUUGGUGAUAUGGACGACUUCGUACCCUCGGCCAUCCCGGCUUCACCGACGCCUGCAGAAAAGCCAGCUGGUCGGAGACGAUCGCCACCACCUUUCGAAUUUCCCACUACCUCAAUACAAAACAAACAAAAACCACGCAAUAUCGUGAACGACAAUUCUUUCCACGAGCCUUUCCAAAACCCCUUUGAAAUCCUCAUAUCCAGGCCACAAACACCCAGCAAUACCAAUAAGCCUGAGCGAGCUUUAUCCCCUGUGACUGGGUUCGGCACAACGACCCCAAUACGAAGUUCACCAAUACCGUGGCGCUCACCGCCUAGUGGUGGUGGCUCGAUACGGAGCUUCUCUCCUAUACCGCCUGAAGUGGGAGAUGGAUUGCUGUCAAGGCAGUUUAAAGAACUGGGCGGACAACAGGGACAGCAGAAAGCUGCUCGUUAG